CCCCCCUUUUGGUGCUACUCACUACCUUCCAUCCUUUAUUUACUUCAUUUAUUCUUUUUUUUUUUUUUUCCAGGACUUGCUCCUGAGGCCAAUAAGUUAGUAAGCAGCUUGAAGACGAUGCCAAUGCUGCAUGAUGAUGCAUAUGCCCAGGAAACAAAACUGUGCAACCUCCAUGAAUUUCCGGAUGACACAUUGGUGCUCCCUGUCUCUAAGCAAAACAAAAGAAUUUUCUACACAAUCCUGGAGCUGUCACCACUACUUGAUUCUUCAAACAUGACACCGGAGGAUUGGGCCAAAAUUGCAAAGAAACUUGAGGAGCACUAUGAAAAGUAUGAUGGCUUUGUGAUCCUCCAUGGCACUGAUACAAUGGCAUACACAGCUUCAGCCUUAUCCUUCAUGUGUGAGAACCUGGGUAAAACAGUUGUUCUGACAGGAUCGCAGGUGCCUAUAUAUGAGUUGCAGAAUGAUGGCCGAGCCAACCUUCUGGGAGCACUGCUUUUUGCUGGGCAGUUCGUGAUUCCCGAGGUGUGCCUGUAUUUUUAUAAUAAACUGUACAGGGGAAAUAGGGUGACUAAGGUGGAUGCUGGGAGUUUCAAUGCCUUUUCCUCACCUAACCUGCCUCCACUUGCAAAUGCUGAGGUUGAUAUUACAAUAAACUGGGAAACAGUAUGGAGAGCCAAUACCAAAAAGAAAUUUCGAGUUCAUACCAAUAUGAACAGGAAUGUUGGGCUUCUGCGAAUAUUCCCAGGAAUAACUGCUGCUGCUGUGAAAGCAUUUCUCCAGCCUCCAAUCGAAGGUAUUGUACUUGAAACUUAUGGAAGUGGCAAUGCCCCAAAUAGCAGAGAAGACUUGCUAGAAGAACUUAAGAGAGCAACUGAACGAAAAGUAGUGAUUCUAAACUGUACCCAGUGCUUGCGAGGGUCUGUUAAAACAGUCUAUGCAACAGGGCAGACUCUCGCUGAUGUUGGAGUAAUUCCUGGAUGUGAUAUGACACCAGAGGCAGCCUUAACUAAACUGUCAUAUGCGCUCAGCAAGAGUGAGCUUAGCUGGGAGGAGAAGAGACAGAUGCUGAGUGAGAAUCUAAGAGGAGAAAUGACUGUUGUACCCACAGGAGCCAAGAUCUCUCUCAGAGAUAGCAAGUUUAUUCAAGUGAUUGCCAGAUCUCUAAGUAUCAGCUGCAAGGAGGAAUUAGAAGCUGUAAGAGAUGCAUUAAUUCCACCUUUGGCUUGUGCUGCAGCUAAACUGGGUGACAUAGACGCACUGAGAGCCAUAGCAGAAAUGGGUGGAAACCUAAGCUGUGAAGACUAUGAUGGCCGAACUCCACUUCAUGUUGCAGCCUCUGAAGGGCAUUUACCAUUAGUUGAGUAUUUGUUAACAUCUGGUGCAACUGUUUACGCUAGAGACAGAUAUGGAUCUACCCCACUGAUGAACGCGAUCAAGUUCAGGCACAUACAGGUGAUCAAUUUAUUAAGAGAAACAGGAGCACAUCUUUCAAGCCAGGACUUGGAGAACACUGGAACAAUACUUUGCAGCCUUGCAGCUAAAGGUGAUGUGGAUGGGCUGUACGCCUGGUACCUGGCUGGUGCAGACCUGGAGCAAACUGGUUAUGAUGGCAAGAACGCCCUACAAGUAGCAAAGGCUACAGGGCAUAAGGAGGUUCUUGACUUCCUCAGACAAAAGCAACAAAAGAAGGAAAGUUUUGCGAACGAGUGAGGCUGGAAUGUAUUGUCCUUACCGCACAAGCUCUGUUUUUAAGACGACCUUUUGAAUCUUCUUUUAUUAAAUCACCGAAGACAGUAUUGCAGGCGUGGCAAAAGGAAAUGCUGUGGUGAACUCGUUCCAAGAGAAAACAGUGGAUUGUACAUUUCUGUGUUUCAACUAAUAAAAUCUCUGUGGAACAA